CAACGAGUUUCCGAGUUGUCUUCAACGCGGCAUACCCAAGACACGCGCAUCACGUAGCAAUAUCAGUUACGGAAGAGGGGACACGCGCAUCACGUAGCAAUAGCAGAGACAGAAGAGGAAGCGCGACACCCUACCCCCUAAUUUCUUCUGGUUACAUUACAGGCAGUCAAUGAACUAAGCAAACCAGACCCAGCUGCUAUUGCAUUGGUUAUGGGAGACCGGAACGGAGCAUUUUUUUCCAAUGGUAAACGGUUUGAGUGAACUAUCUUCAUUUGUCCACCAUCUUCGGCAAUAGUACAUUUCACUUCUCUCCUCGGAUUUUGACAGCAGGACUGAUACAUUUUCAGAAAAUAGGAUUAAAGCAACUCACUAAGAGUGUUGCCGUUGAAGAUAUUCCACUUUUGGUGUAACUAGGGCCUGAGCCAUUGCACCAGCCUUGUUUUUUUUUGUAUUCAUAACGUCCAUUUUCUGCAUACCCAGAAUGACACCGAUUGGAUUAAACACAGAGGCCUGAUCCGAAGGGGCGUGUCACGAGCAGGUAAAACUGAGAACCCCGGGGGGCAAAGAAGAAAGACAAGAAAACGAAUGAUGACUUACAACAACAGAGAACUGGUGGAAUACUAUAUUACAUAUAAACUAUCACAGAGGGACUACCCCUUCAAUCACAUUGGGCUCACGGAAUCCCAGAGUCGGACUGAGGGGGGACAGGUGGACGGGAGUGCGGCAGUCAUGACAUACGUCAACUGCACGAUGAACGGGACGAGUCCUGGUACUCCACCACCACGGCAGUCACCCCCCUCCUCCCCUCGGCGGACAGAGGGCCUGGACGCAGUGAAAGAGGCACUGCGGGACUCUGCCAACGAGUUUGAGCUGCGUUAUGCCAGAGCGUUCAGUGACCUGGCCUCCCAGCUGCACAUCACGCCGUCCACAGCCUACCAGAGCUUCGAGAACGUGAUGGACGAGGUGUUCCGGGACGGUGUGAACUGGGGACGGGUGGUUGGCCUGUUUGCCUUCGGAGGGGCCCUCUGUGUAGAGUGUGUGGACAAGGAGAUGAGCCCUCUGGUGGGAAGGAUCACAGACUGGAUGACAGUCUACCUGGACAAUCACAUCCAGCCCUGGAUCCAGAGCCAAGGAGGAUGGGACAGGUUUGCAGAGAUCUUUGGGAUGGACUCUGCAGCCGAGAGCAGGAAGUCUCAGGAGAGCGUUAAGAAGUGGCUGCUGGCGGGUUUGACUCUGGUCACAGGAGUCGUCUUAGGAUCUGUCUUCGCUCAGAAACGCCUGUGAGAAUGACAGCCACAACAGACACCCUCUUGUAGGGGAAAAAUGAAGGAAUUUAUUUAACUUUUCUAAUGUCUCCUUUAAUUUCCAAGAAAUGACAUUAUUAUGUUUGAACCUUACAUCCCACGAUACACUGAGGACUCUCUGACAAACUGUUGAGAUUUUAGAGAGUGUGAUGGUCACUAAUGUUACCCUCAUCAAACAACUGUCUGCAACACCCUAAAACACAAGAAAAUGGAGGGGAGUUAUCUAUAACUGCCUUGGGCCAAACGUUCCUCUUUUUUUCCUUUGUGUACUCUUUCCUGUUGACCUCUUCUCCAAUUGUUGUAUUAAUUAGUUUUUACAAAUGUAAAAGUGAUUCAGAAACAAGUUAGCGCAUCAUACUAGGCGCAUUGGCCUGAAAUUAGUGAGGUCAUUUAAUUUUUCGUGUGUGUUCAUUGGUUUGUGUUUUUUUGUUGUUUUUUUUACCAUUAAAACCCACGUGAUCAUG